AUGGCAGAAAGAAGAGGAUACACGAAAUCCCUAGCUCGAAAAACUAUUCGAUCACCACCACCGGGAAAGCCAAGCCUUAGCAUUUCAACUCAGACUUCAUCGGCUGUGGCGCGUGAUAUCGGAUUCGCACCGAUUGUGGAGGACAGUGAAGUUCCACCAUCGCAAGUUCAAGGACCGAUGAACGUCAGUCAGUCUCAAUCACUGCCGGAACUCCAUCCCGACGAAGAUCCGACUGUGCAAACAGUUGAUUCCAAAUCGGACUCCGAAAACCAGGAAGAAUCAGACCCAGACUCUGAUCCUGAGAUGAUCGAGCAAACCUGUACAGUUGAAACUGACCCAAGGAGAACUGACAAAAAUCCAAGGCCUGUUGCCUCGGAUACUUCGGAAACAGUUUCUGAUCGAAGACAUUCAAGUACUCAAGAUGACGAGCACGAAACCCUAGCGCAAAAACAAAGAAAAAUCAGGGAGAUGCUAAGAAAACGCAAAGAAUUGGUAAAGAAUUCUUUAUCCUUGACCACAGCAAGGCCGCGAACAAGGUUGCAAAAAGCUGUCGCUGAAUCUGUAUGGCACAAAGGAAAGGCCGCUGAGAAAACACAGGAAAAAGGGCAAAGAACUGCAAAGAAGAAGCAGAGAGUAGACACGAAGGAACAACUGCAGAUUCUUCCCUCCGACUCAGAAGAAUCCCUGGAAAAAGACUCUGAACCAGAAGAUCUGCAAACUCUGGUACAAAAUGCCUUAUCCCCACUACUCCUUAAUGAAUUAGCAAAAGAACGCCUUACUGUUCUGAGUACUGUAGAUGUCAUUGGUGAAAGAAACGCCAAUGUGACAAAUUUUAAGGAGAAUGGUGUUUGGGAUCUCUUGGAAAAUAGGGGCUUGACAGGAUCAGUUACCUAUGCAUGUCCUUAUAGUAAGAGUCUGAUUAGAGAAUUCUAUGCGAAUCUAACGGAAAGGACUGCCCUAAAGAAUGAUAUCAUGUUUCAUAAGGUGUAUGUGAGAGGCAGAUUCUUAGACUUUUCUCCUGCGUUAAUCAGUCGAGUUCUCGGAACCCCCGAACCUAAGAAUACAUCUCAGGAAGUGGACCUGAAAAAUCUUGAGGUAACCCUCACAGGAGAGUAUGAUGAGUCCAGAGAUGGUCAACUUACCAUUGCUCAGCUACUAUACUUACCAACCGUGUUGCAUAAAGUGGCCAGGACAAAUUGGGUUCCCACAAAGAAAUCAGAUUUUAUUCAGAAGGACACUCAACAACUGAUCUAUCGGAUAAUAAAGGGAAUGGACGUCAACUUGGGACAAUUCCUGUUUGAACAUAUCAUGGAGCGUAAAGCUAAACCAAGGAAGAGGUACUGUCUUCCGUACCCAUGCCUUAUUCAGACAGUCCUGAUACGCCAAUGCCCAGAGUUGUUGACAAAACAUGAAUCAACUGAAGAAAUUCCAUCUCUACUCAUCGUGGAUAUUCGUGACAAAAGGAAGAAAGCUACAUGUCACUUAACUCUGAACAGUGCUGUGGAAAUGCUGGAGAAGACAUCUCGACAACUUCUUCAGAUGGAAAUUCAAGCAAGAAAGCAAGCGCAGGAAUACAAAAAGAUCAGAAUCAGAAUUGACUCUCUACUUCAGGGCUCUAAGAGGGGAGAAGAUUACACAGAAGAAGAAGAACUUGAGAAGGAAGAUGAAGCUGCUAUAACUCAGAGAAAGAAAAGACAACGAAGGACCCUUCGCGACUCGUCAAGUGACACUGAGAGUCGUGGAAGUUCUUAA